GCGGAGCCACACCGUUCGCCAGACGUUCUAGAACGGAAGCGGGAUGGCAUCCGACGACACCGAAACGCAGGAAGCGCGAGAGACGGAGGAGACGGCCGAGGAGGACCUGAGGAUCUUCGAGACACUCCGUAUCUCCUCGCCUCGGAAGAUGGACCCAGACGACGCUAUGACUCACGAUUUAACGACCACCUUGAGGAGCGAGCUGGCGGCUCUUGAAUACAAACGGGACAGGCUUAUGUCUGAGUUACAGGAAAUGAAAAGCAACGUGAGAUCGCGGGACCAGCGGGUCGUGGAGCUACAGGUAGAAGCGGAUCAGCUUCGUGAGCAAGCAGCCAGGCAGAAUGCCGUCAUCUCCAGUCUCAAGAAGCGCAUUCAGGAAUUGGAAGAGAGAGAAAGAAAUCUCUAUGCGUCCCAGGGCAGAAAUGAAAUCACGAUACAGGGUCUGCAACGUGAUGUAAAGUACUACGAGGAAAAGGUUCGAGAGUAUGACAAAAAAGUUCGACAAUUGGAGCACAAUAUAUCCGAGGAAAUUCAAUUGAAGGAACGGGCACGUCUGAAUCUGCAGGAUUUCGUACGAAGGUUGGCACAUGCAUUGAACGUCGAGUACUGCGAGACGGCGCAUCACAGUCCGGAGAUGGUAAUUCAUAAAGCUGAAGAACUCGUGCAAGAAGUGAAUCGUUUGCGAACAAAGAGCACAAACGUCGAGACGCAAUUGACGGGCGUCGAAGUGGAUUUCAGAACCUGUAGGGAUGCUCUUGAUCGCUCCACUGCGGAAAAGGAGCAAUUACAGAGACAAGUGUCAGUUCAGUUAGUCGACAUAGAUCGUUUGCGUCAGGAAAAGGAAUGUCUGGAAAUGCAAUAUAGGGUUGCUGAGAAAGAUAUGAACGAUCUAAGAGAUAAGCUCGUGAAUGCGAAUAGGAGUUUAACUAACGCAACGGGGAACAUAUCCAAUCAAGAGGCGUUGAUCUGCCAAUUACGAGAGGAUCUGAAAGUCCGCGAGGAGAAGACGCAACGUGUUCAAAAUGAAUUCCGUCACCUCUUAGAGUCGGUUGCGAUUCUUAUUAGUACACCAAGCCGAUUCGUCGAGUCCCACGAAAACGCUAUCAAAGAUCGCAUUCGAGAAAUUCUAGCUGACAAUAAGGAUCAAUCACUGAAAAUACAAAGUCUUCGAGAAAAAGUGAACACGACGACGGAGUCAACGAAUCGGCAAAGUGAACUGAUCGAAUCUACAAUGAUGAAAGUACGCAGUUUAGAGGAGGAACGCGCAGCUCUAGAAGCUAAAAUACACAAACUCGAAUCCGAACUCACGAGCAGUGAUCUCUCCAGAGAGUCUUUACGCAGAGACAAGCAGACGUUCAUGACCUUCCUGGAUCGAUUGAGUAAAGCGAUGCAAAUGGACGAGAUAUCUCAGGAAAUCGGACUCGACCUUCAAACUGAGACAUUGUUGGUGCGGGCCGAGCAACUAGCCAGAUUGGAGACCGACAAACUAGUCGACAAGUAUUUGUACUCCAGCUACACGACCUUACCGAGGAUUCGGCGCGAGCGAUCGUUCCACGAGCUUCCCUGUCUCAAAGAAACAUCCGUUGUUUAUCAGCUGCAACGUCGCGUCCGAACCUUACGGGAGCAAUUGCAGCGCAGAGACCUGCAUUUGGACCUUCUACGUAGAAAACUAUCUCUACAAGAGGACAGUGUGAGAGUGAAGUCACUAUUGCAGAGUGAGCGGGACGAGGCGAAUAUACGCGCAAAGAAGCUAGUGAAACAGGUCGACCGACUUCAGAUCCAAUUGUCGGAGGAAAAAUCGCGGAAUCGGGAGUUAAGCGCACAAUUGACGGAAGCCGCGGAUUAUAAAAUAGCUGCGCUGGAACGCAGUCGGAAGAUAGAGGAGCUUCAAAAACGUCUCGUUGAGAGCGAGAUGUUGAGGACACGUUACAACAGAAAGUUGACGAUGGCGAAGGAGCAGAUGAGGACGACCGCGGAGACAGCCGAUCAGGAGAGAUCGAUAAACGACCAUUCCCUACAGCUCCUCCGCGACGAGAUGGCUCAGGUCAAGCAAAAUCUUUCCGAGGUCACAAGACGAGAAUCCCAGCUUCAGAGCUUUCGCGUCUCCGUGGCGAAGUUAUUGUCGGAGCCAAUCUGCACGCCCGAUUACGAGAUCAUUUCGCGGCUACAGAAAAUGGUCGCAGCUCAUCGAGACUUUACGAUGCUCUCUCGUAGAUACGACGAACCUUUGGAAACGAGUCCUUCGAGAUGCACCAGCAUUCAUCCGGUCCAUCCGCCGAGAUCGCCCGGUUCACGUUGUACUCGUUACGAGGACAGCGGUUUCGCGGAUCCACCUGAUCUUCAUGACAUCGAUGACGAUUACAACAAAAGGCCAGUGAGAAGCAGUCUUCUUCCGUGA